AGUACAGUAGAAUACUUAAUUGUUCCUUUAAAGGUUUGUGCGCUGAAGUGAAAAUCAUGUCGCCAUUUUACGCGCCCACACGGGCCGCGCAAAGCAUCCGUUUCGAUUCGUUCAACUUUAGCGAGUAACUAAAUACAUAUACCUUGAAUAAAGUAUCAACGCGCCCACACGGGCCGCGCAAAGCAUGCGUUUCGAUUCGUUCAACUAAAGCGAGUAACUAAAUGCAUUUACCUUGAAUAAAGUAUCAGACUUGAGUAAUGAUUUUUUUAAUUAUUACGAAGUUUUCUACUGCAUCACGUUUUGUCUAUAACGCUGUUUGUGAAACACCGCUCUUCCAUUUUUACCGAUUGCGUUCUUUUGUCAUAGAUGUCGUAAACCAUAGGGUUUUUUAUGAUUUCAAAAAACCAAAAGACACCGCAAAUAUACGCAAGCGACCUUUCGUAAAAACCGUCCAUUCCCCGGGCCUGGAAAGGAGCUUUGUUGAAUUACAAGUUUAAGCCACUACGAGGGCAAUGUGGACGGUAAAGGCAGAAAACUAUGGAAAAUCACGUGAAAACACCCUUGUCUGAUACAUUUCAGCCGUUUUCCUCCAAACUACAAAACAAACCAAGUUCACGGUCUCGCGAGGACGGGAACGUGUACACAGUAGACCAAACUGUCUCUGUUCACUGAAGCAGAAACAUUGACUAUUCAGAUUUCUUGGGAAUUAUUUGGAUUUAAUUUUAUCGAAACUAGCUUUAAAUUGAGCCGCAAUCAUGAAAGCACUUUUGUCACGUUAUCAUUGCCGGUUGUAGUUGCUCCUGUUUUAUUUUGUAAUAGCACAAAUCGAGCUAUCUUUACGUCCCCCUUGUCGCGACUACUUUGUUGCGCCCCAAGAAACUUUCGAAACUGUCCCAAUAGAACGAAUAAUGCAAAGAUAUGCAGCCUAUUCAUUCCAAGUAUCUUGCUAAUUAUACAGAAGGCCUUAUAGUCUAAUUUACCAGAAGAAGCAAUGCUCUUAAAAAGCGCUAACCGUUUCAUGACGAAGCAAAAAUAUACAAAGAAAUACAAAGUAUUUCGUUGUCAUUUAAGAACGGUAAUCGAUUUCAAUGCAAUGCAGUUAUCGUCCUUCAAUUUGGUGCAUUUCGAAACCGGCUUUUACGCAUCUAUGUUUCUAUUUUCUUUACACAAAUAGCAUGCUUAUGCAAAUGUAACAAAUGCCAAGUACUGGAUCGCUGAAUCGGUCUUCACGGCCGAAUACGCAUGAAACGCGUAAAAACUUUGAUGUAAAGACGUCGUCUGGCACAACACGGCAACAUCCGCGACAAUGGCUUCCUUCAGAGUACCGCAAUCAGUUAAACAGGCAUUGCUAAGUCCUACAUCCACUGAGAGCAAGAUCCAUUAUCCGGAUUUCCCUAGGGGGGUGGACAUCCUGACCAGUGCGUCAGGUAUCGCAAGAAACCCAAAUCUUAAUGCUUUCACGGAACGCGAUUAUGAUGGCAACGCAGCGGAAGGGUUGCUAUCUGAAGGUUUGCAAAAACACGCUGAAUCUGUGGGUUCUGAAAGGCAUCGCGAUGUCACAGGAAGGUUGAGGUGCGAUGCCGGUAAAAGUUUCCAACUGGAGGUAGACACCCAGUCUAUAGAGUCAAAUAUUGAAGGAAGCCCAAAUCUUAGUUCUUCCUCGGAGUUCACUUACAAUAGCAACUGGGCGGAAGAGUUGUUAUUAGAAGGUUUGCGAAGACGCGCGAUGUCUGUGGAUGCUGUAAGGCAAUGUGAUGUUAUAAGAAGGUGGAAUUGUGAGUCUGAGAAGACAUUUAAAUUAGAAUGCCGACCGGUCGCGGACUCCACUCUCCAGAGCGGCCUAACAUACUCCGAGCUUCUCGCCAAAGCAAUAUCCUCAUCUCCGGAACAGCGUCUGACAUUGCAGGGAAUUUACCGAUGGUUCGAAGAAAAUGUGGAAGGCAUUUCCAACGGCAGUAUCUCCAAUCAUGACUGGAAGAACACAGUGCGUCACACAUUAUCGAUGAGGAAGCGUUUCGUGCGAGUCGCCAUGACCUCAAAGGGAAACAAAUCAUGGUGGACAGUAAAACCUUGCCUGAUGCAAAAAUCUAACGACAAACCGACAAAACCCAAGACGUGUAUCAAGAGAAGUCAUUCGGAGACGCUAUGAGAGUACGUCGCCGUCUUAGUUAUGGCUAGAGUUUGUACGACGACAACAAAUUUGGGCUGCUGCCUGAAGAAGCCCAACAUAAUAUGAAGAAAUUUCAAGGAUGCGUGCGUCAUUGCACAAAGAGCAUGGGCGAAUACAGGGGGGGGGGGGAUUGGGUGGAUAUCCACCCCCUUUUUGAGCACACAAAAAAAGUCACUUAGUUUGAAAAAACUACGGAGAAGGUACUGUCCAUGUGCCAUCACCUGCUUGACUUUGCUGACGCGAAAAAUUCAAUUCAGCUUGAAGUUUUGUUAGACCUACCAAGGACCACUGGAUCAGAUACAAGCCGUCUAUCCGGACAUUAUCCACCCCCUAUUUUGAAAUCCUGGAUCCGCCCCUGAAGAGUAUAGCAUUUUCGGCGUGGAAUGAGACAAGAAAACUGUAUCAAUGAAGACGAUGAAGUAUACAUCAAGUAGCGAAGUUCCAGUUCAUGUUGAGCCCUAUCGUAUGGAAGUACACAAUUUCGAAAAGACUUUGAUGUACCACUUUCUCUGCCAGUCGAACGUGCAAUCUUUGUUCCUUUCCGAUAUGGCUGUCUAUAGGGUGCGACUCUGUUUUGUUUUUGUUAAGAAAUUAACCUGACCUAUAUACAAAUAAAUAUAUUAUGUACAAAUAUAUAUAUUGCUUAUAGCUGCGUGGCGCAAAUAGCUCAUAGCUGCGCAGCGCGCGUUUGCAGAAAUUUCCUAGUUAACGUACAAAAAGGACGAAAAUCAGUUUCUUAUACUGGCGGGGAGAGAAUUAAAAAGAGUAGCUGCAGAAUGCUGGAAAGUAUCUGUUGUAAACGGAACUACUAGUCUUGUUCCAGAGUUAGAUCUAAGGCAUAUUGUCGGUUUUACAAUAUCCAAGUUAAGCUAAGAAGGCCAGGAAGUACUAUAAAGUGCUUUAAAAUCUGAUUUUAACAAGGAGUAGUCCCUCAGUUCGAUUAUAGGCAGCCAGUUCAGGUCCAGGAUUGUAGAAUACUGUUUACAUAGUGAGCAGUUACAAAACUAGCCAUUGCAAAUUGUAGUCGUUGCAUCCUUACAAGCAGAUAUUUAGGCAAAGGGUAAAAUACAGUGUCAGAGUAACUUAAUUUAGAUAAAAUAAGAGUGUCGACUAGAUAUUUACGUAAUUUAAAGUCAGUGAAGUGUUUAAGUUUCCUUAUCGUCCGGAGUGUUCCAUAGCAUGAUUUCAAAAUAUUUAAGAUGGGAGUCUAGGUAGACACCAAGGAGCUUGGUGACUGACUGGCGUUCUAGGUUGACGCGGGAUAUCGACAGGCCGAGGUUGAGCAGGUCCAGGGAGUGCUAUGAUGACAUCUGCUUCGUUUACUUGAUAUAACUUUGACUAACGCGUUUACUUAGUAUGUGGACACAGUAAAAUAUACAUUAUAUGCAAUAAAAUGCCGUACAAAAUCAUAUGAGAAUGAAACGGUUAUGAUAAGCCAUGCACAAAAGCGCAAGCAUCAUUACGUUAAAAAAAUCAUUGUUGUUUUGCUCUUCUCUGCAUGCUGGUGUUCUUCUGAGCUGUUUACACAUUUCUGGGUUCAAGAAUGAUAGGGGUUUUCCAACAGUGCUUUUUUUCCUUCUGUUCCCCAUUAGUGCAAUAAAAACAACGUUACACUAUC